AUGUCGACCAAACGAAAUGAUUUAACUAUAAAAGAAAAAAAAUAUAUACUCGUUCGUUUCGAUAAAUUGGAUAAAUGUUCUCAAAGAGAAGCCGCAUUAGCUCUGAAAAUUCCUCAACCAACGUUAAACAAAAUUUUAAAAAAUCGUAAGGAAAUUGUUGAACAUGAAGAACAAAAUUUGCCUCUUUCUCGAAAACGAAAACGAAAUGGACAAAAUAUUGAUGUAGAAGAAUCUUUAUUACGAUGGUUUCAGCAAGCUAGAAAUUUAAAUGUACCGGUCAGUAAUUCUAUUUUACAAGAAAAAUCUAUAAAUUUAGCUUUGCAAUUAGGUGUAGAUAAUUUUAGUCCAACGAUCGGGUGGUUGACUCGUUGGAAAAACAGAAACAAUAUUGUUUUUAAAAAAACAUGUGGAGAAAAAAAAGAUGCAAAUUUUGAAGCUGCAGAAAAUUACUUAAAGAACUUUACUGCAUCUUCUAAUUAUGCACCUAAUGACAUAUAUAAUUCAGACGAAACUGGUUUGUAUUAUCGAGCUCUACCAGAUUCUACUUUUGAUUUUAAAGGGAAUACGGUUAAUGGAUGUAAAAAACAAAUGCAAAGACUUACGAUUCUGCUGGUUUGCAACAUGACAGGUACGGAUAAAAGACGUCCUUUAAUUAUUGGUAAAAGUAAAAAUCCACGCUGUUUUCGAGGCGUUAAAACAUUGCCCGUCGAUUAUUACGCUAAUUCAAACGCUUGGAUGACUAGUCUAAUUUUUACCGAAUUUUUACGAAAAUGGGACAGAGAAAUAAAAAAACCAAGACGUAUUUUACUACUUCUUGAUAACUGUACAGCACAUCCGAAUUUACAAAAUUUAGAAAACAUAGAUUUGAAAUUUUUACCACCAAACACUACGUCACUUAUUCAGCCUCUUGAUCAGGGAAUCAUAAAAACAAUGAAAACUUACUAUAGAAAAGCAAUGCGGAAUUUUAUUGUUGAAACUAUAGAUGUAUCUGAAAUUCCUGCAUCACAAAUAGCUCGUAAAAUAACUGUGCUAGAAGCUAUACAUAUGUUGGUUAAUGCUUGGGAUAAGGUGACUUCCAAAUGCAUUAUUAAUUGUUUUCGAAAAGCUGGGUUUUCACAAAUUGAGUCAGACGAAGAAAAACCACAGGAGGUCGAAUUCAUAGAUACAAACUUUGAAAAUUGGAUUUUAAUUGAUCAAGAUUUACCUACUUUUGGAGCAUUGUCUGAUAAAGACAUAACUGAUUUGCAAAAAAAAAAGAAGAAAUCAAUAUUGACGAUGAUGAAGAUGACGAUAACGAAGUGA